AUGCCGCGAAUCAAGACGAGCAGAACCAAGGCGGCGCCCGAGGGCUUCGAGAAAAUCAAGCCCACGCUGGUGGACUUUGAGCUGCAGCUCAAAGAGGCGCAGGGCGACAAGGCGUCGAAGCUCGCUGCGAAGGCGGACGAGGGCGCGUGGAAGGUGUUCCAGAUAUGCCACGAGCGGUCGCGGUACGUGUACGAGCUGUUCUACAAGCGCAAGGCCAUCUCGAAGGAGCUGUACGCGUGGCUACUGAGGGAGAAAUACGCGGACAAGAUGCUGAUUGCCAAGUGGAAGAAGAAAGGCUACGAGAAGCUGUGCUGUCUGCGGUGCAUUCAGAGCACGGAGACGGCGCACGGGAACACGUGCAUCUGCCGGGUGCCGCGGUCGACGCUGGAGAAGAACAGCGCCGACGGGGUGGUCGCGUUCAAGAGGUGCGUGCACUGCGGAUGCAGCGGUUGCGCAAGCACGGACUGA